UACAUCUUUUUUCAUUCUUAAGUAUAUUGUAUAUGACAUUGUUUGAGGAGCCUUGGAUCUAAGAUGUAUAGCCAUUGAUUAUAGGCCUAUAAAUGUAAUAUAGCAUAAAAUGUUUUUUUCCAGUUAUAGGCACCGCAUAUUCCUUACCACUCUCCCAAUGACAGACUAGGUGAGCAUUUAUGGUUGAGAUAAACUACAGGGACACUUUGAAUUAAUGUAAAGGAUGUAAUCAAAGAGUUCGUUGAGGAGCUGAUAGAUGUGUAGUUUCCCAACCAGUCAGACAGUGUCGCCACAUCUGGGAAAGGUUGUGGAGUUUAUUGCUCAAACACAGGACGAACAUGAACCCAACCAACAACUCUGCCCCCUACAGUUAAAACAGGGGCUAUGGGGGGGCAGUCAUAUAUGUGUGUCGAAAACUGGCUUAAACCAGAUCUUUUUAACCCUACUUACACCCCCACCCAUGCCGGUCGCCUAGGGAGUGUGUUCAGUCCAUGAGCAUGUUGGCACGCGGACAUAUGCACGUGAAAUAUGUGAGAAAUAAAGUUCAGUAGGUCACUUCAUUUGAGACACGUCGCCGAUUUCAGCGGCGACAAAAGAAGGAAGAAACUAGCGACACACAGGGCAUGGCUCUGUGUGGUGUCAAGAGGGUGCGUUUCUUGGGGCCCAAUGUGUACCAAGAAGCCCCUGAUGGAGGCUGGGGGUGGAUGGUGGCCAUCGCCUUCUUUGUGGUGGAGGUUUUCACCUACGGCACCAUCAAGAGCUUUGGCAUUUUCCUCCAGGACCUCAUGGAGGAGUUUGGCGAGACCAACACUCGGGUCUCCUGGAUUGUAUCUAUCUGCGUAUUCGUCAUGACCUUCAAUGGUCCUCUCUCCUCUGUGAUGACGAGCCGCUGUGGGUUCCAGCCUGUUGUUAUGCUCGGAGGAUUACUUAUCGCCACCGGUACCAUCGCAACCAGCUUUACCAGCUCCAUCAAUCAAAUGUACAUCACAUAUGGAUUAGUAGCAGGUCUGGGCUACUGCUUGACCUUCCUCCCCACGGUGACCAUCCUCUCACAGUAUUUCACCCGGCGGCGGUCUCUGGUCACAGCUGUGGCUUCCACUGGAGAGUCGCUGUCCAUGUUUGCCCUCGCACCAGCCUUUUCUGCAUUGAGGGACCGUAUUGGCUGGAGACACACCAUGGCAGUAAUAGGAGCUUUGCAGAGCACCAUCAUCAUCUGUGGAGCUCUGCUUCGGCCGAUCAUUAUCAAACCCAAAGCGACCCGAGAGACAGAGGACGCUGGAUCGUCACCGAAGGAGCUGGAAGCCCUUGGUUCACCGGUGAAUGUAGAGGAUAUAAACCCACAGGACUCAACUACCUCAAAUGCACAGAAUACCUCCGACAGUACGGACAACAAGCUCAGCCAAACCUCUGUGAACACCGGAGAAUCUGGAGUCCAGUCUAUAAAGGAAACAUAUGACAGCAAUACAGAGGAGAAGACUUUACUGCAGAAAGGAGAGAAUAAAUCUGUGGAAAAUGGUAAAGCCAAGACCGGAGAAUUUGAAUCUGGGGAGAAACAGUGCAGAGAUGCCGAAAAACAAAUCGUGCAAGCUGAGGAAAUAAAAUCAGGGGAGGAACAAACGUCCACAAAGAAUUCAAAACUGAUAGAUUUCUCCAUCCUCAGAGAGUGCAGCUUCAUUCUCUACUCUAUGUUCGGGCUGUUCGCCACGCUGGGCUUCUUCGCUCCGCCGCUCUACAUCAUCGAGCUGAGCGUGAGUCGAGGCGUGGAGCGGAGCCACGCCGCCUACAUGCUCUCCACCAUGGCAGUGGCGGAAAUAUUAGGGCGGUUCUCCAUCGGUUGGAUCCUGUCUCGGGAGCGGUUCAGGAACAGGAAGCUGAUGGUGCUGCUGGUGUGUGUGAUCUCCAUGACCGUUGAUCUGUUGGGAUUUACUCUGGUGACGGAGUUCUACGGCCUGGCGGUGUGCUGCGCUUUCUUCGGGUUCUUUAUGGGAACGAUAGCUUGCACACACAUCCCGAUGCUGGCGGAGGACGAUGUGGUGGGAAUAGAGAGGAUGUCCUCGGCUGCCGGGGUCUACGUGUUCAUACAGAGCUUUUCUGGGCUGGCUGGACCCCCGCUGGGAGGUUUGCUGGUGGAUUUGACUCAGAACUACGGAGCCGCCUUCUACUCCUGCGCAGCCGGCUUGGGAGUCAGUGCCGUGUUCCUGGGUUUGGUUCUCGCUAAGAAAGGAUAUCUCUGUCGAAGGAAGGACUCAAAACGCGCUGAAGAAGUAUAUGAACGCAAGGAAGAACAAAGCGCAGUGAACAAUUCGGACAAAAGACCAGACGGUGCUCAGGACUCCUCUGAAACGACGGAGGCCAGUGCAGAUGUUCAGGAGGUUAUACGUUUUGCUUAAGCUGAUAAAGGUUUUAAGAAGAUCAAGCCAUAUGAAUGUGAAAGGCAAAUAAAGACAGUAGCUAGCAAGUGCUGAAGACCAGAAGUGUUUAUGAUCGGCCAACUCUUACAUCACGAUGCAAAUCAAUUGUACCUCAGGACUGGGCGAUAUGAAGUAAAUUAAAUAUCUCAAUAUUCCAGACCGAAUACCUCUAUCGAUUGUGACAGACAACACAAGUCUCGUAUCACUGUAACGAUAAAAUAAUUAUACAUAAGCCCAGCCCUAAUUGUACCUAACAGUGUUUCAUAAUUAUCUAUGCUAUUAAAUUAGGUUUAAGUAAGUAACAGUUUGUCGGGGCCCAGUUAUGCUCUUUUGGGUUUCCCUUUCCUGUAGUGUGCUAUAUAUACACUCUUGUCUCCAACACAUUGUACCUGAUAGGGUAAGGGGCGGGACAUCUCUAAGCGGUUGAUCAAUCACAAUAGAGCCGGCCAGCUAACCAAUCAGAGCAGACUGGGCUCUGGUUUCAGACAGAGGGUGAAAAGAGGUGCUGCAGCAGAGGCAGUAUGAGAAAAAUAAAGAGCUUUUUGAACAUUAAAGCAUGGAGACAUGUCACAGUGGAGACACAAAAUAUAAAUCUGAACCUGAAAAUGUGCAGAAUAUGUCCUCUUUGAUGAAGUCAUGCUUUACAAACGACGGUGUGGGGUGUGUCUGAAUGUGUUUAACGAUGGACCGCGAGUGAUGCUCUGUUAAUGGACGUUCCUCAGUUCUUUAUAUUCUUCGAGUUAAACUGAAACUUGAACUAAUUACCUGCUGUGGAUCAAUACUACAAUCAUGACCAGGAAAACUGUGACGCUAAGAUGAGUAAAUUGCACUAAUUCUGUAACGGGUUAUAGAAAUGACAUGAAGCUCAGGAGGUGUGAUUAGAAGUGUUUAUUGUUUUUAAUCAGUUUGUCAUCAAGCUAACAAUGUACUGUUAUUUUAUACGAGACGUCAGAACCCAACCUAUUUUUGUAAUGAAAAUGUGUUCGAUGAAUCACAAUAAAGCAAAGAGUGAUUUGAACAAAUGAAA